AUGUUGGAGAUUCGGAAGAACGCUACUGAGCUUCCUCCGGUACACAGAUGGAGAUCUAGAGAAAUCGCAAUGAAUAACCUCGUAGAAAAAUUCACGGCGUUUUCCGAAACGCAAACAUGUGCGACGAAUAUGCAGAUUGCGAUGGUUGCAUAUUUAUGGUAUGUUAUCGGAAUUAUUCUGACGCUAUCACUAGAAAGCUCAUCUGUUGCGAGAAAUUUCAUGUUGGCGGUGAUACUGCAAGCAGUGACGAGAAUUCUGGUUCUUGUCGGGAGUGGCGACCAUCCUUCUCCCACGCCGACUGGUGUCCUUCUCAAGUUGCCUGUUGGACUGUAUGAUUCCUGGUCUAACACGGAGGAGGAAUCCGCGUAA